AUGGCCAACACACCCGCCCAGCCCACGAGCACGGCCCCCGUCCUCGAGCACAUCUGCCUCUUCACCCACGAUCUGAAGCGCAAGCACAAGCGCUGGCAGGAUGGCCGCCUCAAGUUCCACGCCUUCAACCAGCGCGUCAUGGUCUACGACGAGCGGGGCAACUUUGUGGGCGACGCCCACUGGCGGGAGGACUACGACUUUGGCGAGGGCGAGGAGCUGCAGCUCGAGCGCGGCGGCACCAUCGUCCAGGUCUGCGAGUGCGUCGGCCGCCGCGACCAGGACCUCUCGGAGCUGCUGGACAAGAGGGCGCUCGACAAGAGCCAGCGCGCCGCCCAGGUUGCUGCCAGGACACCCGCGGCGUCUGCCGCCGGCUUGGGCUCGCGCCCCGUCGUCCGCCAGGUGCCGGCCGAUCACUCUCAGCAGCUGCGCCACCGCCCCCUAGGCCAGCUUCUGGGAACGCCCACCGGCCACCACGGCAGGGCCGUUGUCCCGUCCGAGUCGCCUUUCGAGCAGCGCCAUAGGGAGGCGGAGGAUACGCCGCCUGCUGCAAAACGGCCGAGGCGGGAAGCAUCACCCCCAAGCAAGGCCGGCUAUGCCCAAAACUUGUUUGGGACCAAGCUUUGUCUCUCUUCCCAGCCGAGGAGCUCCGCCCUAACCUGGCCGAGCCAGUCCCGUCCUGUUCAGCCCACGGCCCCAGCAGCACGCCCUACUAGUCAUCUAGAAGGCCCUUCCGAGGUUGACGCUGGCCGUCCGGGACCUCCUCCAAAAGGCGGCAAGGGGUUGGAGAGGCCCACCGGGGGCCGGGUCCGGCCGGCUGCUGAGCCUAGGGAUGUUAUCGAGCUGGACGAGGACACCGCCGAUGCACGGCAUCGCCAUACAGAACGGCCCCUAGAAGAUGUCACAGAGCUGGAGAUACCCGCAAAGGAUCGUCCCCAAUCGAGAAAGACACGCCCUAUUCAGCCCACGGUACCGGCAGCACGUCCUGCUAGCCAUGCCGAACGCUCUCCAGAUAAGGGGCUGGAGACGCCGGCCAGGGACAGGCUCCAGCCGGCUGCAAAGCCCAAGCAUAUCAUCGAGUUGGACAAGGAAGACGCCGAGGGUGCACUCUCUGCUCGUCAUGCGAAACGCCCUCUAAAAGAUGGUAACGAGCUGGAAAGGCCCGCCAAAACCCGGGCCCGGCCGGCUGCGGAGCCUAGGGAUGUAGUACAGUUGGACAAGCAGCACACGGGCGAUUCGCGACUUCCCAGCCAUGCGGAGCGCCCUCCAGAAGGGGCCAAGCGGCUGCAGCGGCCGGCCAAGGACCGGACCCGGCCGGCAGCCGAGCCUAGAUAUGCGGUCGAGGUCGAGUUGGACAAGGAGAACACCAGCGUUUCACGUUCUACCGGCCGUGCAGAACCACUUUCAGAAGGUAACGACGAGGGGCUGCAGCGGCCCGUCGGCAACCGGGCCCGGCCGGCUACAAAACCUCGGCGAGUUGUCGAACUGGACCAGGAGAGCCCCGCCUCGGCCCGGCAGAAGCCGCCCCGCCCUCCCCAGCGCACGCCCCCGGAGCCACGUCCUGCUGGCCGUCCGGAGCGCCCUCCGGAGGGCCGGGCCCGGCCAGCGGUGGAGCCCGCGUCCGUCGCCGAGCGGGGCGGGGAGGCCGCCGCAGACGCGCAGCCCAGGACCGAGCUGCAGAUAAAGCCGCGGAGGAAACACGGCCUGCUCAUGCUGUCGAGCAGGGCAGAGCCACUGUCACCGCCGCCGCCGCCGCCGCCGCCGGCACCAGAACCAGCACCAGCACCGGCUGCGGCCAGGCCCGAGGCCCAACCGCCGCCGCCGCGGCGCGAGCCCAGACGGACACCAUCGGCAGCAGCACCAGGAGAAGCACCAUCGGCAGCAAGAGAGGCGGCGCAAGCGGCCAUUGAAAAGCCAACGGGGGUCAGCACCACCACCGGGCCGUGGAGCCGCCGCGAGGCGCACGAUCUGCUGGGCAUGGGGCGGCCCGGCGGGUGGGACAAGAGCUAUUACCCGAGCUCGCAGCUCGCAGCUUGCACAUUGCACAUUUCACGACACAAGAGGGCGGAAAAGCAACAUUGCCAAUAUCAUCGCGCACACAACGCAAAGAGCGGGCCAUUCCCUAGGUAUCUAUGUGUCCGUUCCGUGUCCUACCCAUUCAUGGGUUUUCGUGUACUAAAAAAAAAAAAGUCGUGCACAAAGGGCCUGGUGCUGUUGGCGCCCCUGGAAAGAGAAAAGAGCCCAUGUCAUCCUAUCAAAUCUUACUUGUAG